GUAUUUUCUAGUGUGGCAACAUUGAGAGGUUCUUCGAGAAUCAAAAAAGUGUGACGGGCGAUUAUUUUAUGAAUUUUGUGAUAAAUUUCUAUUAAAAAUGUCGACACUCGCACAAGCUUUAUCCGUCGCAGGGACCAGAUCAUCAGGAGCGUCAGUUAGAACGCAAAAUGUGAGUGCCGCCGCUGCGAUUGCGAACAUAGUGAAAAGCUCACUGGGGCCCGUCGGACUGGAUAAAAUGUUGGUUGAUGAUAUUGGAGAUGUCACAAUCACAAAUGAUGGAGCAACUAUCCUCAAGAUGUUGGAGGUGGAACACCCUGCAGCUAAAGUGUUGGUGGAACUGGCACAGCUACAGGAUGAGGAGGUCGGAGACGGCACCACAUCAGUAGUCAUCAUUGCUGCUGAAUUAUUGAGGAAUGCAGAUGAGCUAGUGAAGAACAAGAUUCACCCUACAAGUAUUAUCUCUGGUUACCGACUUGCAUGCAAGGAGGCUGUCAAGUAUGUGCAAGACAACCUCACAGUCACCGUGGAGUCACUCGGCAGACCAUCCAUUGUCAAUGCUGCCAAGACCACCAUGUCUUCCAAGCUUAUUGGAGCUGAUGCAGACUUCUUCUCCGAGAUGGUAGUUGACGCAGCCCAGGCAGUCAAAGUGACAGACUUCAAAGGCAACGCUUCCUACCCUAUCAAGGCUAUCAACAUCCUGAAGGCUCAUGGCCGCAGCGCCCGGGAGUCGGUCCUGGUCAAGGGUUACGCUCUCAACUGCACUGUUGCUUCACAGGCCAUGCCUAAGAAGAUUGUCAAUGCUAAGAUUGCGUGUCUUGAUUUCUCUCUACAGAAGACUAAGAUGAAGCUUGGUGUUCAGGUACUGGUUAGCGACCCUGAGAAACUUGACGCCAUCCGCGCCCGUGAAUUGGACAUCACUAAGGAACGUCUGCAAAAGAUCCUGGCUACCGGUGUCAACGUUAUUCUCUGCUCCGGCGGUAUUGACGACUUAUGUCUCAAGUACUUCGUGGAAAAUGGCGCCAUGGGUGUGCGAAGAUGCAAGAAGUCUGAUCUCAAGAGGAUUGCUAAGGCGACCGGUGCUGCUUUCCUCACUUCCUUGACCAACAUGGACGGUGAAGAAGUGUUUGAACCCAGCAUGAUCGGAGAGGCCGCUGAAGUUGUGCAGGAACAGAUUUGUGAUGACCAGCUUAUUCUUAUCAAGGGCCCCGCAGCCCGCACAGCCGCCUCAAUCAUCCUCCGUGGGCCAACAGACGCGUACUGCGACGAGAUGGAGCGCUCUGCUCACGACGCGCUGUGCGCGGUGCGGCGCGUGCUGGAGUCCGGCAAGCUGGUGCCCGGCGGCGGCGCUGUGGAGGCCGCGCUCUCUAUCUACUUGGAGAACUUUGCUACUACUCUGAGUUCCCGGGAGCAGUUAGCUAUUGCUGCGUUCGCGCAAUCACUUCUGGUCAUCCCCAAGACGUUAGCAGUGAACGCGGCGCGAGACGCUACUGACCUCGUCGCUAAGCUACGCGCUUACCACAACUCAUCACAGACUAAGGUUGAGCACGCUAACCUGAAGUGGGUUGGGCUGGACCUAACAGAAGGCGUUUUACGCGACAACCUAGCGGCCGGAGUCCUGGAACCCGCUAUCUCCAAGAUCAAGUCUCUGAAGUUCGCCACAGAAGCAGCGAUCACCAUCCUCCGUAUCGACGACAUGAUCAAACUAGACCCCGAACAAAAAGGCAAGAGCUACGAAGACGCCUGCCACGCCGGAGAACUAUAAUAACCUAAAUUAACUAACGUAACAUUCGGUGAAAUUCCUGUAUGAUAAUGUUAUGUUACUUGUAAGAUCUAGUAAGGCGAUCUCAGUACUGCACUCGACUGAAUUUAAAUACAUUACAACUUAUGUUAUGGUGGUUUCAGUACACCUUCCGCCUCAAAAUUCCCGUCUUGUAAAGCACUGCCUUCACCAAUAUCAUUGUCUAAUGUGGUGCUAUAGUUCGAAUUUCUAAUUCAAAAUCACAUAAUGAUAUUUUUAUUAGAGUUAUUACUAAGGUACUGAGAUCAAUCUAUCAUAGAUUAAUAUUGAAUGCUUGAGAUGCCUUUAUGUCGACGUACUAUUGGUUGUAUGUCAUUAGUGUAUAACUAACUUGACACUUCUUGAAAUUAAAUACAAUUUGCAAAGCCUUUAUUAUUCAAAUAUUUACUUGUAAGCUAUAAAAUAGUAUUAUUGUUUAUUUUGUCACACAGUCUUGGAUUUAUAUUAUUCAUGUUUGAAUUUAUGUAAGGCAUUGUGGUUUAAAAGGUCAGUGAAUAGUAACCAAAGCUUGGUUGUCUAAGUAUUCCUUUUGUUGUAAGAACGUUGAGAUGUAUGAUGUUCACAAACGUUUCAAUAUCUCUAACUGUGCAGGGUUAACCACCGUCACAAUAAUUUGCAUCAAUGGAAGAUUAAUUUAUUUUAAGAACCCAUCAUUGCUUUUAACAUUUAAUGCUAGUUUAUUUGCUAGGGCGUGUCGUGCGUCACACUGAUAAUAAAAUUUUAAUACUA